AAAUUUUUUUAAUUUAUUUAGUUGGCUGCACCAACUAAAUAAGAUCGCAAGAUCUUGGAUCUUUGCUGUGGCAUGCAGGAUCUUUUAGUUUCAGCAUUCUAACUCUUUUUUUAAAAAAUUAAUUUCUUUAUUUUCAUUGGAAGAUAAUUACUUUACAAUAUUGUGGUGGUUUUUGCCAUACUUCAACACAUAGGAUCUAGUUCCCUGACCAAGCAUUGAACCCAGGCCCCCAGCAUUUGGGGGCUUAGAGUCUUAGCCACUGGAACACCAGGGAAGACCCUACUUUUUAAAAUGUAUGUAUACAGUAGGUCCUUACUGGCUAUUUAUUUUAAAUAUAGUAGUGUGUACAUGUCAAUCCCAAACUCUGUAACCAUCCCUCCCUACCACCCUUCCCUCUGGCAACCACAAGUUCUACAACAAAUAGUUUUAAAUUUUGCAUGGAAACACAAAAGACCCAAAUAGUCAAAACAAUCUUGAGAAAGAAGAACUGAGCUGGAGGAAUCACAUUUUCUGACUUCAGACUAUAUUAUAAAGUGACAAUAAUAAAAACAGUACGGUUCUGUCGCAAAAACAGACAGAAAUCAAUAGAACAGAAUAGAAGGCCCAGAAGUAAUGUGACCACAUACUCAUGAUCCAUUAGUCUACAACAAAGGAGGCAAGAGUAAAUAAUGGAGAAAACAGAGUCUUUUCUGUAAGUGGUGAUGGGAAAACUGGACAGCUACAUGUAAAAGAAUGAAAUUAGGGGGCGGGCCAUCCAUGGUCAUCCUGGAACUGUGGAUUCCACUUUUGCAGAACUCUGAUAUCUGUGGACGCUAACACGGACUUCAUUUAAAGAAAUCCAUGGACCACUAAUGGAAAAAAACGUGAAUCAGUUUGCAUUUUGGCAUUCAAAUCUUAGCACUUUGGGAAAGCAUCAAGUACAAGUUUUUGAAGACCCUGGGGCCUACCAUGAUUAUGCGUUCAAGAUUUGAGUUUGAAUCACUUCAUCAAGACUUAGAUCCUCUUCAAAAGCCUCAAGUCUCACCUGUAUUAAAGCUCUCCUUUGAACCCUCUUACAAAAAUAAAAGCUUAAAUGACUGGAAAAAAAAAAAAAGAAUGAAAUUAGAGCAUUUUCUAAUACCAUAUACAAAAAUAAACUAAAAAUAGAUUAAAGACCUAAUAUAAGUCCAGAAACUAUAAAAUUCCCAGCAGAAAACAUAAAUGGAACUCUCUUUGACAUAAAUCAUAGCAGUAUAUUUUGGGGGGAUCUUUCUCCUAAAACAGCAGAAAUAAAAGCAAAAAUAAAGAAAUGGAACCUAAUUAAACUUAAAAGCUUUUGCACAGAAACUUCCCAGAUGGUCCAGUGGUUAGGACAUCACCUGCCAAUGCAGAGGAUAUGAGUUCAAUCCCUGGUCCAGAAAGAUUCCCACGAGCCAAGGGGCAGCUAAGCCCCCGCAUCACAACCAUUGAACUCCUGUGCACCCUAGAGCCCGUUGUCUGCAGCAAGAGAAGCCGCCGCAAUGAGAAACCCAUGCACCACGACCAGAGAAAGCCAGAUUCUGAAGCCCCGGAGGGUUGAGAACUGCUCUUCUGUGGGUCUCCUCCAUCCCCCUCCCAGUCCUCGGGCUCAGGGUCUCACCCGUGCUCACUUCCUCCCCUACCCUUGGGUUACGAUUAUACAUUUUGAUCCACCAGCCGUGGGCUGUAACAGAGCUUAUUAACUCAGUUUCAGUGAGUCACAUGACAGGUUUUGUCUGGAGCAGGGUGCUCUCCCAAACACCGGCCAACUUUGGUUUCACAAAGCUCUGUCUCUCCCUGACCACAGCAACUCCCGGUACCCUCUCCAUCUCGGGGAUAUCUCAAGGUAGCAUGAGAAAGACUGGGUGACUCCAUGCAUUGUCAUCGUGCUGGGGGCCCACCCAGAAGUGGGGCAGGAGGCUGUCCCCUCCCUACGCACAGACUGACUAUGCACAGCCAAGGCUCACAUUCUAAAGAGAGACCAAGGCCAAGGCAGGCUGGGACUCUGGUGGACAGUUCAGCUGCCCACAAUCAGCAUUGCAAUGAGGGCCUCCUUUCUGCAGAGGCACUUAAUGGCCAUCAGAGAAAUGAGGCAGGAGGAAGUGGGGCGGGGGGCACAGAGACACUGGAAUGGGCACAGAAGAGUCAGCCGGGUGCCCUGGCCAUAGCAGGACCGGCUUCAGCUUCUCAGCCUCCCGCCUUAGCUCAAGCCUGCAGUUAACACUCACUCAGCAGUUACCACGUGCCAGGCAUUAAGAUAAGUGUUUCCCGUGCAUUAAGCACCUUGUUUCGUCCUCAUGGCCAACCCAUGAGGCAGAUAGUUCUGUUACGCUCAUUUUACAGAUGUGGAAACUGAGGCCAGGAAGCUCAAUUAACUUCCUCCAGCAUCACAGAGCCAAAAAUGGAGGGGCCUGGGAUCAAACCCAUCUGACUCCUCAGACCGAGUGGUCUCUCCCUUAUUUAUUCAUUUUUCUUUGUCACUUAAACUGAUUGACUUGGUUUGCAUUUCCUCAGAAACAAACCCUGAGAUGAGGGCCCAGGAGUAUGUAGUUUAUUUAGGAGAAGCAGACACACCAGCAAGAAGGGCAGGCAGCCAGAAGGGUGUGUUGUCAAGCCUGUAAUUGAUUGUGAAACACAGCAACUUGUUGGCAGAUGGCAGAGUACACAUCCCCCAGGGCUUUUUCCACUGAGGAGUUAGGGACUGGGGAUGGUGGUUAGAUAUCUAUUUUAUUUUUGUUAAUUUUAUUUGUACUAUAUUUAUUAACAGAACAUGAUGUUUUCCUUUCUACUACUACACUGAUGCGUGCUCAAUGGCUCAGUCAUGUCCAACCUUUUCAACCCCAUGCUCUAGCCCACCAGGUUCAACCCCUGUCCGUGGGAUUCUCCAGGCAAGAAUACUGAAGUGGGUUGCCAUUUCCUUCUUCAAGACAUUCACUCUAAUUAGCCAUUGGUUGAGGGCUGCCUGGAGCUCUUCAUUCCCUGGUAUUUCUGGCAAGGAAUGAAGUACCCAGACACAGAGCCACAGAUCCUCCUGACUGUUGGAAGAAGUCAGGAGCACAUUGAAGGUACAGCCCGAGGGAAAGGGGCACAGACAAUACAGCUUCUGUACACUUUACUCUAAAAGGGAUAAGUGCAUGUAGUAAGAAGUUUAAACACCCCAGAAAAGUACUAAUAAAGGUCUUGUAAUAUCUUCUGUCUCCCUGACUCCCAUUCUGACUUGCCAAAGGCAACCACCCUUGAUAGUCUGAGUCUGUCAAGUUGCUAAGCAUACAAGCAUCUUUAUUUACACAAAUAGGAUAAUACAGUACCUGCCCUUAUGCACCUUGCUCUUUUUUUUUUUUUAAACUUAAAAAUAUGUCUUGGGGGACUUCCCUAAUGGUCCAGUGGUUAAGAAUCUACGUUGCAAUGCAGGGGACAUGGGUUUUAUCCCUGGUCUGGGAAUUAAAAUCCCGCAUGCCACAGGGCAACUAAGCCCAUGAACUCCAACUACUGAGCCCGCGCUCUGAACCAAGAGAAGCCACCACAAGGAGAAGCCCAAGUACCACAACUAGAGAGUGGCCCCUGCUCGCCACAACUAGAGAAAGCCCACAUGGAGCAAUGAAGAGCCCAUGCAGACAACAAUAAAUAAAUGAAUUUUUUAAAAUCUUAAAAAUAUAUAUAUCUUGUCUGAAUCUCCUAUGAAGGAGCGAUUAGGUUGUUGUCAAUUUUCUCUCACUGUGAAGAGCGCCGCCUGCAUCCUUGUACAUGUGCUUGUGUGCAAAUGUGUAGGACACAUUCCUGGAGGUGGAAUUGCUGGGUCAAUGGUAUGUGUGUUUAACCUUUUAACGCAUGCUCCCAGACCAUCCAAAGAGGCUGGACCAGGAGACACACAUGCCCGCUGUAGGACAGAGUUCCAGCUUCUCCACCCUCCCCGGGGGCACGCCUCUCCUCACCAUCAUCUGCUUCAAUCCUCUCAUGAGCCUGGCUGCCACUCUACCAGAUCUGACGAAACAAACAAGAACCGCCAGAUGAGAACCAGAAAAGACAUUCCAUUCAGCGCUCGCUUCAGCAGAGGGGUCAGAUGCGUCAUUUGCAUUUGGCAGGGACUCACGGGCCACUGGGGAGUGGGACAGUUUCAUCGAGGAAGGAAGUGAGGAACAUGUAGUAAAAUCUGGCGCACAAGUCAUGCUGCCUGAAUCAGAAGCAGCUCUGCCUGUCCGGGCUCAAAGUGAGGACAACAGAAAACCCCUGAAGGCUGAAUCCACCGCCACCAACUUCCCUGACUACAGAAGCUAUUUAGAAACCCCUCAAAGACCCAGUCAGAGUGUUGUGAAUGGCCAGGGCAGUCCUGCCAGUCUUUUGAACAUCUCUGCUGGUAGUGAUGAUAGUGUAUUCGAUUCUUCUCCUGACAUGGAAAAAUUCACUGAGAUUAUAAAAAAGAUGGACAGCACCGUGUGUAUGCCCCAGAAGAAAAAGAAGCCCAGGCUGCCAAGCUUCCCCGCCCCUCACUUUGCCAUGUGGCCUAUUCAAGAGGACAGUUUAGAAAAGGUGUUUGAUCCCAGCGUGUUUACCUUUGGUUUGGGGAAGAAAAAUGAAGGCCAGUUGGAAAUGUCAGCAGCUUCACAUUUGAUGCAGAAUCUUGACACCAAAUCCAAAUUGGGGCCCAAACGUUCAUCCACUGAACAGAGUGUCCUUUUCAAGUCCUUGCAGACUCACACUAAUGGGAAAGGCGAGCCCCCGGCAGCUCCAGAAGUCAAUGACAAAGAGAACAAGGAUGUCCCAAAUGGUGGAGUCAAGAGAUCAAGGCUAGAAAAAAGUGUGCUUUUCUCAACCUUGUUAUCUUCUCUACCACAAGACAAAAUCUUUUCUCCCUCUGUAACGUCAGUCAAUACCAUGACCACAUCUUUCAGUACAGCUCAUAGUUCUUUUUCUCGACCUUCCAUGCUGCAGCCCGUGGCUGAGAGUGCCCCAUCCUGUGGUUCAGAGAAAGAACAACCAAGUCUGCCAGCCAGUAACUUAAAGCUCUUCAAUUUCAACUCAUCAGAUACGUCUCAUUCGGGAUUGAAAAGUCUGAGCCCCAUGGAAAAGUGCCUGCAAAAAGAGGAAACCAAAAAGGAUCUGGAUCAGCGAAGCAACCUUCCCACGCCAGGAACUAAAUUUUCUGAGUUUUCAAAACUGGAGACCAACGGUGAUAGGUCUAAUCAUACUGAAAGUGUUCUUAAAUUGAACUUGCCGAGCUAUGGAAGCGGUGACACAGACUUCACUGGUCUCUUCAAAGCCAGCCGGUUUGACCCAAGCAUUUCUUUUUCUGGAAUGGCAUUAUCAGAUACAACAACACUUAGAGGGAGCGUCCAGAAUAAAAUCAAUCUCCAACCUGGAAAAGUAGUAAUAUACAGCGAGCCCAGCGUCUCAGAGGCGUGUAUUGAAGUGUUCAGCGACGUGGAGGAUUGUAGCUCCUGGACCCUCUCUCCUGUGAUACAAGUAAAAGUCAUUUGA